GAGGAGUGUACGAUGAAAAACUUAAAAGUAUUGGAUACGAUAUUGAAACCAAAUUGCGAGCUGGAUUUAUUUUGAAUAAGCAAUCUGCCAUUCAAAACAAUCAAAACAAUCAAUCUCAUACUUUGAAAACAAGUCGAUCGAUGGAAUUUGGUGCUUUUUUGACAAGAUCCAAUAGUCAAGGAGCGUGUAAAUAA